AUGGAAAAAGGCUCUGCCUCCCCGAGGGAUCUCGGUCACCUCUUCUCCAAGACCGCCGUCAAUCGUAAGCCGAGCGCGAUCAAGCAAUAUUACAAGUUCUUCGCCAUUCCCGGUGUAGGCAACUUGGCAGGAGGACUGCCCAACUCGCGCUUCUUCCCUUUUGAGACUUUGGAAGCGCAGUCCGCCAAACCCGAGCGAUGGACUCCGACUCCCAACUAUCCCGACGGGGAGGAUGAUCACCUAGACGCCACGGGCAACGGCAGCCAACCCAAGGCCGCCACCCACCUCACUGUCCCAAUGGCUUCAGGUGAAAAAGACCCUGUCAAGAAGAUCGACCUCGAGACCGCCCUUCAAUACGGGACCGGUGAAGGUUAUCCGCCCCUUCUUUCCUUCGUACGUCAGUUCUCACAGCGAGUUCUGCAUCCCAACGUUCCGCACUCCGCGGGCGUUGACGUCGUCAUGACCUGCGGGUCGACAGACGGCUUUUCCAAGACCUUGGAACUCUUCAACAACCCCUGGAGCGAGGGCGACCCCAUCUCGCGGAAGCAGGGUCUUUUGUGUGAGAUAUUCAUGUAUUCCAACGUCUUGAGUCAGUCUCAACCACGUGGCAUGAAUAUUGUUCCUGUCGAGAUGGACGCGGAUGGGAUGCUCGCCCAUGGCACCGGUGGCCUAGAAGACGUCCUGGAGAAUUGGGACUCAUCCAAGGGACAGCGACCCCAUAUGUUGUAUACUAAUGGGCCACAACCCAACGGGCGGGGUGCUCCUGUACGACGGCGGAAGGAGCUCUACGCCAUUUGCCAAAAGUACGACGUGAUCAUCGUCGAGGACGAUCCCUACUGGUACCUGCAGUACCCCUCCGCCGACCGCGCAGAGGCCCGCUCCAGGCAAAAGCCCGAGCCGACCACCCAAGUCCCGCCCGCGCCGGCCAAGUCUUCCGGCUACGAAUUUAUCGACUCGCUGGUCCCCUCGUUCCUCAGCAUCGACGUGGAUGGCCGCGUCGUCCGCCUCGACACCUUUUCCAAGACCGUCGCCCCGGGUUGUCGCCUGGGCUGGAUCACGGCGCAGCCCGCUUUUAUUGAGCGAUAUGUCCGAAUCACCGAAACGAGCACCCAGCAACCCUCCGGCUUCGUCCAGAGCAUGAUUGCCCAGCUCCUCCUCGGCCACCAAACCGAGACCGUCGCGCGCUUCCUGUCCCUCGGCUCCAAGGAGCGCCAGACCUUUGCCGGCUGGUCCACCGACGGCUGGGUCCGCUGGCUCGCCGGCCUCCGCGGCUCCUACGAGCGCCGCAUGAACCGCAUGUGCGCCAUCAUCGACGAGUACUCGUACGAGCCCCGCGUCGCCUCCAAGCGCCCCGGUCUCGACAGCGACUGGGCCUACGUUCGCCUCCACCGCCACCGCUGCUUCGGCCAGCAGGGCAAGAGUCGCACCAUUGACGGGCCCCUCAUCUCCGCCGCCCUCAUGAUCUACCUCACCCACGCGCCCUACAAGGUCCUCGUCGCCCCGGGCUCCAUGUUCGCCGCCAACGACGACAUCCGCCAGACUCUCGCCUGGUCCUGGUUCCGCAUCUGCUUCGCCGCCGAGGCCGAGGAGAAGAUUGACGACUGCGCCCACCGCUUCGGCACCGGCGUGCGUGAGUUCUUCAAGAUCAAGAACCCCGAGGAUAUUGAGGAGCUCUACGAGGAGUUUGAGCCCCGCAUGCUCGAGAGCCCGGAUGCGGCGGAUGCUUUCUCGGGUUUGGGUUGCUAG